AUGGACAGCAUCACUGAUGAUUCAAUAUUCACGAGUACAAAGAAUACAAGAGACGAGUUGACUUUGACUGAACCUACCCUGCUAACGACUGGUGAACAACGGCCACCCGAUGAGGACGAGAUCGAUUCCAUUUUGCUGACUCAAUUGCCCUUUUUCCCCAGUGCACGCUAUGAUCCGUUGUUGCUGUUUUCCUGUGAAGAGCUCAUAUCUGACAAGUUCCCCACUACAAGGUAUGCAUUUGAUGGGUUUAUCGGGUUCCACUCGUUAAAGAUUUGCAGCUCCAACGCAAAGCAGAUGUCCAAGUAUUUGCAAUUGGCUAUGGGGUUUGAAGAAGUUGCGUACAAGGGGCUAGAGAACAAUUCGAGAUUAGUUGCUUCGCAUGUUGUGCAAAAUGGAGCCAUUUCGUUGGAGAUUGUAAACACGUUGGAGACUUUUAAAGAUGACAAUGUGUUGAAAUUCCCCUACUUCAAAAACGACUUGAGCAAAAUGGAAAGCUUUGACUCGCGAUCAAAGUCGUAUGUCGAUGACUUUAAAAUCACCACCGAAGAUUUGGUGUUUGAUUACGUGAAUAAUAAAGUCGUUGGGUUGAGUUGCAACCCCAUCCAGUCGCUGGAGUUUGCGAGAAACAUGUUCCAAACCAUUAUCCACAGUGUCCAAUACCGCGACCUCACGCAAAACUUUAAUGAGCUCGUCGUGAAAACGGUGAAUGACUCAGAAGCCAUAUACAACGAUAUCAUGGAGUGCACCUUGAUCCAGAAAUUCCUAAAGUGCCAUGCCGAAGGGGUGAUGGAUAUUGCAUUCAACGUGAGAGACAUUGACUCUGUGUUUAACAAAGCCGUGGAAGCAGGUGCAGGAAUCAUUCGCCCACCAAGAAAGCUAACCGAUGCAAACGGUACUGUGAAAUUGGCAACGUUGACUGUACCUAAUACUGAUCUCCAGCACACCUUGAUUGAAAAUGUCAAUUACACGGGACCUUUCCUCCCAGGUUAUUCCAACACAGUCAGGCACAACUCUUGUGAAUACCAGAAACAGCUCGACCUGCUACCGCCGAUAAGACUAAUAGCCAUUGAUCAUUGCGUGGAAAACUUUUCGUGGAACCAAAUGCUUGUCCAAGCACGCGUUUAUGCUGAGAUGUUUGGCUUCCACAAGUUUUGGUCGGCGGAUGAAGAAGACGUUUCAACGGGGUUCACUGCGUUGCGAUCUAUGGUUAUGAGUUCCAGCAAUGGGCUCAUCAAGGUGCCCAUCAACGAGCCGGUGAAGUCGAAAUUCAAGGGACAAAUUGAAGAGUUUAACGAUUUCUACGGCGGACCGGGUGUCCAGCACAUUGCGUUUAGAACCAACAAUAUAAUCCAAACUGUGCGCGCUAUGAUCCAAAGAGGCAUAGAGUUCAACAAGACUAGUGACCAUUACUAUGAGACUUUACUUAAUCGAAUGCGCAAGGAUAAAGUCAAGUUAUACGAAGAUAUGCACGAGCUACGUAAACUCAACAUCUUGGUGGACUAUGAUCCAUCGACGAGGAAUAAGAAAACGGGUAAAUGCCACUAUAUCUUGCAGAUUUUCUCACAACCAUUGCAUGACCGACCUACGUUGUUUAUCGAGAUUAUCCAACGGCAUCACCAUAACGGAUUCGGCAAGGGGACGUUUAAAGGUCUAUUUGAAACCAUCGAGCAGCAGCAGAGAUUGCGUGGAACGUUCAUAGAAGUAAAUAACAGUCUCGACAGUAGUGGCAGCAGUAGAUAA